GGCAGGAAAGAAAGCAAACUGCAAAGCAUCAGCAAUUGUCCGGAUUGUCGAGGUUCGACAUGCGGACUUGCCUCGGGGAAAAAUUUGCGGUUGGGAGGUGGAUCGGGUGGACCAAAAAUGCCGGAAACGUUCCUUGCAUUGUGCUCCGCAGACCCCUUGGGAAGGUUUCCUCAGGUUCCCUGGGUUUCCAUCAGGAACCCCGUUACCCAAACGACAGUGCCGCCGUGAGGCAUUUCGGUUUGCUCGGCUCAGCAUUAAUAAUAGCUAAAGAUUAAGAUAGCUUUAUAAGGCGUGGUGUGCCUGUUCCCACCUGGAUUCCUCCAUCUUUCUUCUAGCAUCAUACCCUUGACUUCUCCCAUCAUGAGUGUUACCUACGACGUCUUCCGUGGCUCUGCCGAGGGCCGCAUUGUUGCGGGCAAGGCGACGUCCACCCUCCAGCACAACGAAGUCUUCAUCGAGACCACCCACUCUGGUCUUUGCGGUACCGAUGAGCACUACCUCAAGGCCAACCAGGUUCUGGGCCAUGAAGGUAUCGGAAUCGUCAAGGUUCUCGGCCCUGGUGUUACCUCCGUGAAGGUUGGAGAUCGCGUGGGUUUCGGGUAUACCCACAGUGUUUGCACGGCUUGUGACAACUGCGCCACCGGCUGGGACCAGUACUGCGAGAACCAGAAGCAGUACGGCUUCCACGACUUCGACAACGGUACCUUCAGCUACGGCGCCGUCUGGGACGCCAACUGCGUCUACAAGAUCCCCGACGGAUAUGACUCUGCCUAUGCUGCUCCCCUCAUGUGCGCCGGUGCCACCGUCUGGACGGUUCUGACCGAGUAUGGUCUUCGCUCGACCGACCGCGUGGCGAUCAUGGGUAUUGGUGGUCUUGGUCACAUUGCCAUUAAGCUGGCUGCUGCGAUGGGCUGCCACGUUGUGGUUCUUUCCAGCUCCGAAUCUAAGCGCCAGGAGGCCAUGGACUUUGGUGCUUCUGAGUUCCACGUUUUCCGCUCCGGAGGACCCGCUCCGGAGGGCUUCAAGCCUGUCAAGCACCUGUUGCUUUGCGGAAACGCUGGCGUUGAUUAUCCCUCUCUGAUGCCCCUGAUGGCCACCCACGGCAGCAUCUACCCCCUGACCGUGGCUUUCGAGCCUGCUCCGGUCCCCAUGCUCAGCCUGGUCUGGAGGGGUGUUAAGAUCCAGGGAUCUUUGGUCGCCUCCCGCCAGAGCAUUCGCAGCCUGCUCGAGUUUGCCGCCAGAAAGAAGGUCUACCCCACGAUCAUGACUUUCCCCUUGACCACCGAGGGCAUUGAGGAAGCCAUGCAGACCCUGCGGGAGGGCAAGAUGAGAUACCGCGGCGUGCUGGUGCGUCAGGAGUAAGCGGGUGUCACGAUUUUCUUUUUUUCUUUCUUCUUUAAAAAACUGUAUCAUUAGUCAAGACGAUAGACCAUAGACGAUAAUAAUGCCGAUACUGUCCAGUCGUAUGACCGGGGCGGGAAUGAAAUGAGCAAUGCAUG